UACAGAACUAACGACACUCAACAAGAAUGCCUUUCGCAAUCUUCCGAAGUUGCAACAUAUUCAUCUUAAUGAUAAUUCGCAUCUAUCGUAUAUCGAUUUUGACGCCUUCCGGUCACUUUCAACACUCUCAGUGAUGCAUCUGCACAAAAGCAAUCUGACUGGUUUACACAAUCUCAGCGCUCAGAUUCCGUCCUUGCAACAGAUCACGUUGUACGGUAACCCUUUGAUUUGCGACUGUAAUUUGAAAUGGCUGCAGGGCAUUGUGCAAGAUGAAGAACGAACGACUUGCAUGAGUGAUGCCAGCGGAAAAGUAGCACGAAAAUUGAACUUUACUACCCUUGUACUUCCGGACAAAUGUGCUCCCAGGAUUGUGUACCUCUCGAUGACCACUAGUGUUUUCGAGGAUCAACUGUAUGCUUUGAAAUGUGGUGCACUCGGCAAUCCGAUGCCGUCAGUUCAGUGGCGUGGACCGAGCAUUGAGUAUUUGUCUAAUGGGCAGUAUGUGACGUUCCAAGAAAUCAGUCAUUUUGAGAGCGGUCAGUUGCACUGUCUCGCAUAUUCCGAGGCUGGAUUUACCGAACAGGCUAUCUCUGUUGGUGUUUUACCACGUCUAAAAGUGUACUUGGACAGUUUAAAUAUGCUGGAGAUUACGUGGGAUGGAGAUCUGCCAAGAGUUGCGCACAAACUUCGAGUUCGAUUUCGGUUUGAUGGAACGGAGAUU